UUCUGUAGCUUUGCUUUUAGAAGUAUGCUUUGAGUCAAUUACUGGAGAGAUAUAUAGCUUCAUUCUUGCAUAAAACAUAAGUAAAGCUAGUUAUACUUACUCUCUUUGUUAAACUCAAAAUCAUUGGUAGUAUACUAAAGAAAAUAAGAUCCUUAUUUUACAUCAAAUAAGGAUUGUUAUUAGGAAUUUUCUUUAAAGGAAUCUUAAAUUUGUGAGAAGGCUCUUUACAAUACAUUUUCACAACAAAUUUGACUAAAAAUAGCCUGACCAAAUUAACUUCGAAUUUUAUAUCCUUAAGGAGCAUCGACCAAAACGGCAUGAAGGAUCAUACUUCAUCUUCCUUUUUUAAGUCUGUGUCCUAAAUUAAAAGUAAAUGUCAAACUUAAACUCUGAGUACUUGCUAGAUCUUGUAAUCCUUCUAAAAUUUGAUAAACUCUUCUUAUCUCAGAGUGAAGGCUAUAGGCACAAGAUAUAUAUCGGGCAAAUGUAUUCCUGAGACUCCUAUCUAAAUCUGGUUUCAUCAGUGCAAAUAGUCUAUCAUUUAUGUAACUUAAUAGUUAUUGCUCAUUACCUAGAAAUGCUUUCUCUAGUGAUGUACAGAUCUUUCUUUUAUGGCAAAUCUUUCAUUCCAUAUUUUUCUUUGUGAUUAUUUCUAUGGUAG